UUCGCCAGAAGUCGUCGUGAAGCAGUGUAUGCUUGUUGCCGUGUCGAGAUGCAACGCUAAAAAUGUCGUUUCGACCUGAUAUGUCACUGAAUAAAUGAGCCGCAGGAGAAGUCUCUAAAGGAUAAUCCAGCCAAAAGAAUUCUGUGCUAAACUGUCAAACAGCUACAGCUCGUGAAGCAAAGACUGUUGUGCUUUCCGUAAGAAACAACUGGACCUACGGUAUGACUUCGCUUCCCCAAGUACUGCUGACUCUGGCUUUCCUGAUGAAUAGGUGUCGGACUCAAAGUCCGCCCGUGGUCCGGCACGACGCCUAUGACCAUCGGGUGAUUGUCAUCCGUGAAGGAGAGACGGCACAACUUCAGUGUCCCGUGGAUCACAGCUUCGAACGGAAUUACUUCGACUGGUACAAAGACUCCGAGCCUCUGAACACCGACUACGGUCGCUUGAGCAUUUCGGACAGUACGGGGAGCUUACGCAUCACGGAGGCUUCGGUGCAGGAUUCCGGACAUUAUACCUGCAAAGCCAUCAACGGCUUCGGGAGCGUCGAUGUCAACGUCACCCUCAUCGUUCGAGGAACGGAGCCCAUCGAGUCCAGCCGCGACAACCACCACCCCGGAUCGGUGGACCGUGGACACUCGAAGAAGCCCUCGUUUGUUCACCUGACCAAGCUGCACCACCCGGUCAUCCAGCGGCCCGUGGGCAGUUCGGUCAAGUUCAAGUGCGAGGCAUCUGGGGCUCCGGACCCGACCGUCUACUGGUUGAGAAACCGGGAGGCGCUCAACCGAGGCCACAUGAAUCGCGAGUCCAAGCAAAGCAAAUGGGGUCUUCAUCUCCAGAACCUACGCGUCCAGGACACCGCAACGUACACGUGUGUCGUCACCAACGAACACGGCUCCAUUAACGCCUCCUUCCCCCUUGAAGUCAUAGGUCGUGCUCGUGGAAAACCGGAGCACAUGAGUCUCCAUCCAGAGAAUACCACAGUCAUGGCUGGAGAAACAGUAGCGUUCCAAUGUAUCGUUCGGAGCGAAGCGAAGCCCACUAUGAAGUGGCUGAAGCAAGUUCCAGAGUCGGAGGUCCACCACCAGGAGCAGACAGUCAUCAGACUUGGAGAAGAAAUCUUUCGAAUGCUUAGCUCAACGGAGACAGUGGCACAAUCGGAGGGCCUAUUCACCAAUCGUCUGGUAAUAGCAAGGACAAGGGACUCAGACGCAGGACGCUACGUUUGCUGGGCCGGCAACAUUGACGAUUUUAACUUUCUCAGCGCUCAUCUGUCCAUUAUACCAACGCCGUCCAUCUCGACCACACCGGUGAUCAUCAUCAUCUCCCUCGUGGCCCUGUUCCUUCUCCUCACCAUCGUGGUGAGCAUCUGCCUGUGUCGCCACUGUCGCGCCGAAGAGGAGCGUUCGUCCACGGCACCUCAAGUACCCGACAAGGUAGAGUGUCACACGCAAUUGCUCGUCGGAGGACCGCAUGGUCGCCAUUUGCAGAAGACGACGUCGUCGACGGCCUACUCGCCGCCACCGCCGCCCGCUCUGCCGCCUCUCUUGGCCGCCGCCAACUGCAAGCUGCUUCCUCCGCAUCCGGCCACCAUGAUGUCGAACCAGCAGUGGCGUUUCAGCCACACCCCUUCAGCGAAUGGCUCCCGCCACUAUCACACUCAGAGGCACUUACACUAUGUGUGCUGAUGCCCGCAUACAAGCACCACUGGACUGUCGUGAAGAAGCGUGCUCAGGAACGCGAAGCGGUGGGCCCAUUGGCCAAGCAGACCGUUAGUGAGAUUUUAGACAAGUCAUGCGUCAGUUAUUGCCCCGUUUCGUGGUGGUUGUAAUAGCCGUUGAAGCGAUACCAAGUCCGUCAUCGAGCUUAUGAUGUGCGCAUGUGAAUGAGGUCGUUGAAAUGGAACGGAAACAAAUUCCGCCUUAAUUCUGUUGCCGGGUCGCGGCGCUGCUGACCGCAUCGCAGACAUACGGAAAUUUCGCUACGUUGAAACGUCAGACUCAAAGCUAUCUCCCUACUUAAAAGACCCACAGAGACGUAAUCGUGACACACAAAAAUUUGAGCGGAAACAAGGGUUUGUGUCAUAAUAUACAAAUAUAUAUAGUUUUCAAAUAUUAAAUUUUCAUCGCGUUCGAUACGAUCAAAAUGAACUGCAUAAAAAAAGACGACAAAAAUAAAAUAUAAGACUCGCGCGUAAGCUAGCAGUGGCGAAGAGGCAUGUGUGAUGUCACUCAUCAUGAAAAUCAGAUUCUGGCAUAUCAAGCGUGUGCUUUGGCGUUUAUCCGCCCUUGAAUAUAAAGCUACACAAACGGAUAGAUGCAGAUAUCUUGCCGUUUCACAUGGUCAAUAACUGAAGAAUGUACAAGAACUCGCUGUGCCCCCAUUUGCAAUUAUAUCCCCUGAUUUGAUGGCCCGAUGUGUGCCGUUACGUGCAUUGCAGGGGCAGUAAUGUCAGACACGUCACACAGUGAAUGGCAGUAAAUUUAUGGUAAAAAACAAUUACCUACGUGUUUUUUUUUCUUGUUUUUUCUUUUUGUCCGUAGUGGCCCUGUAGCCCGCGGAUGUCAGUCAACAUUAUACUGAUUUCGAGUUGAAGUUGUGAGGAAAACUAAAUUGUGUUGAUACGUUAGCGCGUCACAGAGUUUACGAGCGAGAACAUAAUCUCCAAACAGGGUAUUCUAACUCUUCGGUGUGAGUGACUGAGAACAUUAAGUGUGUCAUUACGUGUAUAUUGUAAAUGUAAGUCUAUCAGUGAGCUAGUCACGUGAACCCAGGGUGACUGCGACAAGUCCUUCAUAUUCCUGGAGCGCUACUUCUAAUCAUGGGAAAAGACGGGGUUUACAAGACCGGAGUUGGUGACAAACACCGGGAACUCCGACAGUUCGCAUUUUUAUACUCUACUGCGUUCAUCCAAGGCAAAUGUAGUCCGCUGAAGAGAGCUAUUCUGUUAUGUGUAUUGACAGUCACCGAAGUGGCGGUGAUUGCUUGUACAGUAUGUGUCAAAAUAUAAAUAUAUAUUAGUUGUUAUGUUC